CCGCCGCUUUGCGCCAUCACCAAACAGCAGCAGCGGCUCGUCUCCUCCUUCCCCAGCGGCCCCCUUCUUCCCCAAGGGGGUCCCGCCAGGGUCGAGCGAGCGGGGGCCGAGGGGACCCCACGGGACCCCACGGGGGGGGGGACUCAGCGGCGGCUGCGGGAGAAGCGCGUGGGGUGCCGGGCGGCGACUCCCGCACGAGCCCCACCACCACCACCACGUGUCGCGCCCUGCAGCCUCGCGGGGUGAGCGCAGGGAUUCGGGCAGCAUGGACUUCAGCCCCAAAGAGUCGCCCCUCUACGGCGGCGCGCGGGUCCUCGUGACGUGCGCCGAGGGGACGCUGCCGCCGGGCGACGCCGACUUCUUCCUGGUGUUCGACGGCACGGCCAGCCGCCACGUGGCGCCCGCCACUCGCCUCAACGGCUGCACGCUGCAGGGGUUCACACCAGGCCACGACCGCUGCGAGUACGUGGGCCUCUCCCUGUGGGCGUGGCCGCGAGGCGCCGCCGGCCCCAGCCGACUGACCGGGGCCGGCGCCUCGGGGUGCCCUCAGCCGGCGGCGCCGGCGGCGGCGACGGCGCGCUUCGCGUUUGCGCGCGACCUGGCGUGCGCCGUGGCGGCUCAGCUGGCGCGCUGGCCGGGCGAGCGGCUCGACUCGCCGCUGCUGGCGGGGCUGGACGCGGAGCAGCUGGCGCGCCUCGACCCGGCCGUGGCGGCCGCCCUGCAGCACCUGCGCGCCAGCGGGGAGCUGGCGCUGCCCGACGAGAAGCGGCACGCGCUGCUGGCCACCGCGCGCCGCCUCUCCCUGCCGUGCGUGCUCUCCUGCCUGCGCGCCGCCUUCCCAGCCGCCACCCUCGCCGGGGACACGGCGGGGGGUCGCGACCCCAACGGGGACGCCGCCGGCGAACGCCCCCCCGGCGCUGCCGAGCGCUGCGAGGCCGCGUGGGUUCCACGCUCCCAGCAUGCCCUGGGAAAGGGCUCCUGGGUGACCUUUCACCCCCACCUGGACGUGGCGAUGCUGAGCAGCAGGAAGGGCGGCCGCAGGGGGACCCAGCGAGGGCCCGAGGCCGACAUCCGGCGCUUGGCCGACGUGCUGGCACGGCGCACGGCCCAGCAGGUCAACCAGGAGGGCAGAGCUGCUGAGGGGGGAGGUGCCACUGACCCAGAUGUGGCCGGGAGGCCGUCGCGUGACCGCGCGUGCUCUCGUCCCAUCGGCGGCGCCACCACCACCACCAAAGCCCCAGCAGCAUCACCAACAACAACAACAACACCAACAACAACAACACCACCAGCAGCAGCAGGAGCAGCAGCAGGAGCAGCAGCAGCAGGAGGAGGAGACGCGCAGACGGACGAGGGGCUGCGGUUUUUUUGUUACCAAAUCCGGCUGCGGCUGCUGUGGCUGCUGCGGCAUCUGGCGCGGAACGACGGACGAGGAGGAAAGCCGAGCGCCGAGUAA